AUGGCGGAGACUAAAAUAAUUUAUCAUAUCGACGAGGAGGAGACUCCUUAUUUAGUGAAACUGACAGUUCCUCCGGAGAAAGUGACUUUAGCGGAUUUCAAAAAUGUCCUCAACAAUCGCCCGGUCAACAGCUAUAAAUUUUUCUUUAAAUCUAUGGAUCAGGAUUUCGGGGUCGUGAAGGAGGAGAUUUCUGACGACAAUGCCAAGCUGCCCUGCUUCAAUGGGAGGGUGGUGUCCUGGCUCGUGCUGGCUGAGAGCGCCCACUCCGACGGGGGAUCCCAGUGUACCGAAACCCAUCCUGAGCUCCCGCCUCCCCUAGAGAGGACUGGGGGCAUCGGGGACUCCAGACCACCUUCCUUCCACGCUAAUGCCGUGAGCAGCCGUGACGGCCUGGACACGGAGACGGGCAGCGAGUCCCUCCUCAGCCACCGUAGAGAGAGAGAGCGGGAACGCGCCCGGCGGAAGGCCAGGGAAGGCGAAUUCUCCCGUGUGAACGGCCACUCCAAAGUCGAGCGAGCGGCACGCGACUCGGCCAUGGGCUACGACAGCACGUCCAUGAUGAGCAGCGAGCUGGAGUCCAGCUCCUUCAUCGAUAGCGAGGAGGAUGAGGAUGCCAGCAGACUCAGCAGCUCUACAGAACAGAGCUCCUCCUCCCGUCUGAUGCGGAGACACAAGCGCCGGCGAAGGAGACACAAAGUAGCCAAGAUGGAUCGGUCAUCCUCGUUCAGCAGUAUCACCGACUCUACAAUGAGCCUUAAUAUCAUCACUGUCACCCUAAAUAUGGAAAAGUACAACUUCCUGGGUAUCAGUAUAGUCGGACAGAGCAACGACCGCGGGGAUGGGGGCAUCUACAUUGGCUCCAUCAUGAAGGGGGGUGCCGUGGCAGCAGAUGGCAGGAUCGAGCCAGGAGACAUGCUGCUCCAGGUCAACGACGUGAACUUCGAGAACAUGAGUAAUGAUGACGCGGUGAGGAUCCUACGAGAGAUCGUCUCCAAGACCGGGCCCAUCAGCCUGACGGUGGCCAAGUGCUGGGAUCCGUCACCCCGCAGCUACUUCACCAUCCCCAGGGCUGAGCCGGUGAGGCCCAUAGACCCAGCAGCCUGGAUCUCCCACACCACCGCCUUGACGGGGCCAUACCCACACUACGAGUGCGAUGACCUGCCACUGUCAGUGAGCAAAACCGACAUGGCCACAAUUGUGAAGGUGAUGCAGCUUCCCGACUCGGGGCUGGAGAUCCGAGACAGAAUGUGGCUGAAAAUCACCAUAGCCAAUGCUGUCAUUGGUGCUGAUGUUGUGGACUGGCUAUACUCAAGAGUGGAGGGCUUCAAGGACCGCAGAGACGCCAGGAAGUACGCUAGCAGCCUGCUGAAACACGGCUACCUGAGGCACACCGUCAACAAGAUCACCUUCUCCGAGCAGUGCUACUAUACCUUCGGGGACCUUUGCCAAAACAUGGCGGCCCUCAAUCUGAACGAGAGCUCCAGUGGAGGGGGCUCUGAGCAGGACACCCUAGCGCCGCUUCCCCCGCCAGCCGCCAAUCCGUGGCCAAUGGGAGGGCAGCCGUUCCCAUACCCACCGUUCCCCGCAGCGCCCCCUACCUUUCCCCCGGGGUACUCUGACCCCUGCCACAGUUUCCACAGUGGCAGCGCCGGAAGUCAACACAGUGAGGGCAGCAGAAGCAGCGGCUCCAACCCCACCACGGGCAAAGGCCGGCGUGCCUCACCCCGGGAGAAGGACCGCAAGUCGACGGGCAGCGGGGGCAGCGAGUCGGAGCGAGUCACCCGGGGGGGCUGGCAGGGUGAACGCUCAGCCAGCCAGCUUAGCCACGCCCACUCUGGGUACAGCCACGCCCACUCACACCGGAGCCACGCCCACCCAUCAAACACCCACACCCCGUUCUCAUAUACCCACGCUCCAUUCGUCCAAUAUAGCCAGCUCUCCUGCACCCAUAGCGAGCGGAGCCACGCCUCCUCCUAUGGCCCUCCUGGGCUGCCACCCCCUUACAGCUUGGCCCGGCUGGCCCCUGGCUCCUCAGCAGGCAGUAGUCCCCCAGGGGCCCCACCCGUGCGCGAGCUUGGGGCUGUUCCCCCUGAACUCACCGCCAGUCGUCAGUCCUUCCAGCAUGCCAUGGGCAACCCUUGCGAGUUCUUUGUUGACAUCAUGUGACAGGACAGUGCCUUUUUAAACCCCCCACCCCACUACAGCACAAUUUGGUAGGGUUGCCAUCCCUUUGGUCGCUAGGGCCCGACUGAUAUGAAAAUACUGAUACAAAUUAAUUGGCCGAUAUAAUUUUGUAAUUAAAAAAUUUAAACAGACACCAAUAGUCCUGAACAGUUAUUUUUCUCACUGAUAUGGAUGUUAAAUUCUCAAACUCAAAUAAACAGCAUAUAGUCACAGUCAAUAUAAAUAUAAAAUAAGCCCUUUAUAAGAAACAUUUUAUAUUAGCACCUAACACGAUAUAUAUAUAUGUUCACACACAAAAAUGACUUCUUGCCCUAGAGUCUUUGUGUGAUAUGUCACAGCAAUUUUUCCCGUGUCAUUUGAUCGCCAACAACACUUUGGCCAAACUAACUAAUAAUACAGGCUUAGUUAAAAUGCAGAAAGUACAGAGUGACAGCCCAUUUUCUCAUAACAAAUGUUUAAAGAGACAUUAGGAAUCCUGAUGCAUUUUCAGAACCUAAAUAUCGGCUGAUUUUAUUGGCCACCUGAUAUAUCGGUCGAGCCCUAGUGACAGUACCCCACUACAUGUAUGAGCGAUGAGACGUUAGACAGACACUGUUACCCCUCGGUCAUCCUGAUUUUACUUUAAGUGUAUGCUUUAACCAAGGACAACUAUUGCAUGAUAGCGCAACAAUGAAGGUUUUUCUAUAUGAAAAGUUCACAGUGGCCAUCCACCGACUUAGCUGAUGUGGCUAACUCACAUUAAAUGUAAAUCCUCGCUCUGAUGACCCCUGCAUUCUCUCGGUCUGGAGCUCAUUGCCCCGAGCCGGAGGGCUGGAACGCGGACUCUGUGUGAGCCGUGAUGGUGACCUCAAAGUGCUCGGCCUGCAGGAUGAGCCGGGGGCCUUUUGAUGAAUGGGCAGUAAGUCUAAAGCUUCUACUUUGCAUUCAUAGAGGACUAACCGUGCGCCUGCCAGUCUGUAGACAGCAGCCAAGCUUCCUCCUAACAACACUAACUGAACUUCACACUUUCUCUUCUUGUCCUGUUGCGUUUGAGAGUUAUAAUUUACGUGUCCAGCAUUAUAACUCAGACAGACAAUCAAUUUCCGGGGGGGGGGGGGGGGGGGGUCAGCAGUGAUCGGAGCACAGCCGCACCCAUCAAAGGCGCACACCGAUGCCAGGCUACCACCCCCCUCAACCCCUACCUCCCUUAAUAGAAUGUAUCGAAGAAAUUCAAAUAAAACACGCAAUUUUGGAUCACUUUGUAGCACAAAAAGCGCUGCCUCAAAUUUGUCUGUUACUCCGAUGCAUCCUUGCCGACAUUAAUUUUGUUCUCGGCCAGAUGUCAGGCGACUCAGGCAGGUCACAAUCCUGCAUGCGGAGCUGAUGUGAUGCACGUGUGCUACAUGUCAGCAGCUGUAGGCUGUAGCAGGCCAGGUUGGAUGUCUCUGCUGAUGGACACCCUUCCACAACCCCUGAGUGGCACGUCUGAAAGCUGUGUGAAUCUAAAUUGUGGCCAUUUGAGCCUUCAGCCACGAGACCCACAAUAAACACAUUCAGCUGAAACGGUGAUAUUAAGCAACACUGCAUGCAGCACAAACUUAAAUAUUCUUAAAGUAAAUUGAUCAUUUCUCCUUCCCAGACCCUAUGGAAAAGCAACGUGGCACUCUAAAUUAUAUAUAAAUUAUAUGAGCACUUUUUAAAUGUGAUUUUCUGGCCCUUUAGUAUGAAACACUGUUUGCAGUCUGAAAUUUCACUUGCUUUUGUUUCUUAAAAACUGAAAAUAAAUAACAAAAUGUAUAUAUGAAUAUAUAUUAUAUAUAUGACAAAUUGAUAUAUAUAUAUGUUUAAAGAUAUGGUCUUGCAGUUUUUUAAACUGAUGCAUUGUAAAUUAAUGCAAUGGAAAUGGUGUUUGAAUAUAGGUGAAUUAUGAUUGUGGUUUUGAAAUAAUUUUGUCACUUAAAAUUUUGUUUAAAAAAACUAAUUUGUUCUGCAUUCUCUCAUUUCUAAUUAUUCUUUAUUCAAAGAAUAAAGGACAUGAAAUAUA